GUAAUGCCUCCAACGAGGGUGUUUCACAAACGCGAGUUAGAAUCAUGCAGAAUCUCAAACCAGUCUCUCGACCGCCACUAGAAUCACUUAGGAUUGUCCACGCUACGGACGUAGAGUUUCGACACAUGUGCCGUAUACCUACUAAGAAGUUGAUCGUCUACGACCCUCUGGAUCAAUUAUUGCUUGGAGAACUUCUAUCUCAGAAAGAAUGUUUUCCUUUCAUGACUACUUUUGAGCUGCAGUACGUGUUAGAAGGGGGAGAGGAAAAUGCGGCUUUGGACAGUAUCAAAAACGCAAUUGCAUUGCGUGGAGAUUGCACUUUCCUCGAUACACGUGACAAACACCCACCACCUCGGCGUGGGUUUUGGUAG